CGAUGUUCCCAGCCUGCCCCGGGGCGGAAUGGCGGCGGAAAGUCGGAGAAAAGAAAAAUCGGAAAGAAAAAGGUGAACGAUGACCUGCUGAGUGUGGUAUAGAGUUUCACAUCGAUCUGUGAAUUACAGGAGUGAAUUUGCCUUCAACAGAAUGCUGUGCAAAAGAUGUUGUGUAUAGUUGCGAGUGAAGCUUGGAGAACCUGAACAUGAGUAACACGGCAGCACCAAGAAAGCCCUACAGAAAGGCACCGCCUCAGCACCGGGAGAAUCGACAUGAGCCUCCAGUUUUUAGGGAUGACCUAGAUGGCCCAGCAAUCUCAACUGAGCAGAGUCAGCAGGAGCCACUGUCAGAUGAAGACAGGAUCAAACAAUUGCAGCAGCAGAAUCAGGAUCUGCGCGAAAAGCUGACUCUCAGCACAAACAAGUUGGAGAUUAUGGAAAGGGAUUUUGAAUCCAGCCGCCAGUACCUUGAAGCAGAGCUCAGCCAUGCCAGAGAAGAAAUGGACAAACUGAAGGACAAAUUCCGCAGAUUGCAGAACAGUUACUCUGCAUCACAACGAACUAACCAGGAGCUGGAGGACAAGUUGCAUGCCCUGGCUUCUAUCAGGCAAAGCUGGAUCUAUGCAGUGAAAAAGGCACAGCUGGAGAGGAAGACCCUUGACUGGGAGAUUGUGGAGCUGACCAACAAGCUGCUGGAUUCAAAAACUGCCGUCAACAAGCUGGAGGAGUUAAACGAGCGUUACCGCCAGGAUUGUAAUCUUGCUGUCCAGUUGCUAAAGUGCAACAAAUCUCAUUUCAGGAACCACAAGUUUGCAGAUCUUCCCUUUAUACUCCAGGAGAUGGUCAACAAGCAUCUGGAGUCCAGUGAAGAGGUUGAGGAGGGACAUGAGCGAAGCUCAGCUCUUGGUUCAUCUGAUGUGGUACCGACUUCUGUCAUUGCCAGAGUUUUAGAGAAACCAGAGCCACUGGUUCUGAACUCGGCCAAGUCCAGCAGUGGUAAUCAGCCGUUGGCAGAAGAUGUCUUUGUUCAUGUGGAUAUGAGCAGUGACACUAAUGGUAUGAAGAAUUCAGGUAAAGAGGGAGAUGGGGUGAAAGCGGAAGGAGUAAAGGCUCAGAACGGUGUGUGCAAGAGGUUGGUUAGCACAGACAGUCCACCAGAUGAAACAACUACCUUUGAGAAACUUCACCCAUAUCCUACUCCACCUCAGAAUUUUUUCCCUGGACGUAAAGCUGUCAUUGAAUUCUCUUCUGAUGAUAAAGUUAAAAUACCAAAGGAUAGUCCCUUACCAAACUGUACAUAUGCUACCAGGCAGGCCAUAUCACUCAGUCUGGUCCAGGGAGAGGAGGAUGGUCUGGAACGCCAGAGGAAUCUACCUAGCAGCCCGUUAUCAGAGGGAAGGAGGUCAGGACACAUAAAUAGUGGGCAGUAUCAAUGUCCAACUUCAGGCACACCCAAAGGCCCUGACAGUGAGCUCAGAUCUGCCCAGUCCAGUCCAUUCAAUAGUCCACCUCAAGUUUCAAGUUCAUUUGCCAGCUCAGCAAGUUCUGAAGAGGAUCUGCUUGCAAACUGGCAGAGGAUGUUUGUCGAAAAGGUAGCCCCUGCUUCUGAAAGGGUGAUUGCCCAUCGAACAUCUUUCAGCAGUGAAAUGAUCCAAGAGUUUCAGAAUAGCCUAGGCAACAAGAUUGACUUGGCAGAGAGGCGUCUUGCUUAUUCAGAUGGAGAGGAAUCUGGUCACAGCCAAAGCUGGGCAGUAAGUCAAGAUUCCAGCUUGGACACAGACAGCUUAGAUUCCAAAGUGCGAAAAGGCAAAUUCCUUCUGGAUUAUGGUAGCGAAUUCUGUCUUGAGGAAGAGGAGGAGCUACUGCAUGCUGUAGGCAGCAAUCGACUGACUCGUCAAGCCAGUCCUUUACACAAACAGAUUGAAUAUGGGGAAGCUGUCUCUGCAAGUGGCUCAAUGGAAGAGAGAGAGAUACUGCUUCAUGGCAACCAGUCUACCGUGCUGGAUGAACUGGAAGAGACUGGAAAUAAGCCAUCAGAGACAUCAGCAGGUCGACAACAGAGAAGCCCCAAAAGGAUGGGUGUCCAUCACUUAUUGCGAAAGGAUAGUUUAACAAGGGCGCAGGAGCAGGGUACCCUGCUUGACUAAAUUCAUUCAGAUUAGCAACUACAAAAUCUAUGCUGCUGCAGUGUCAAACUGAGAGUUACAGCAAUUCCAAAUUGUUGAAUGAAAAUUCACAAAGUAUUCCUGAGAAACUUGCAUAAAGGUGAACAAAAAUAUAGAAAUCAGCUACUACUUUUUAGCAGAACCUGGGUUCAAAGGCUAUACUUCAGUAUUUUCUAAGAAAACUGUUUUGUAAUUAAUUAAAUCAUUGCCAAAAGAAAUCCAAAUUUCUGAGCAGAACUCCUGCCAGACAAUGGUCGUUGAAUUUUCAGCUUGUGGUGUUUUUAGUUUGGUGUGUGUGUGUGUGUCUGUCUGACUGUGUGCGAAUGUCAGUGUGCGCGCGUGCGUGCCACUGUGUGUUUUUGUGUGAGUGUCUAUUUGUAUGUGUGUGUAUCUGUCUGUCUGUGUGUCAGGCAGUAGAAGGGAAUGUUUCCUAUCUCUCUUGCAUGUUGUGAGAGAUGUGAGAGUAUCUGGAUCUUCCACAAGAAUUGUUUUGUCAGUGAGGGGCUGUCAGUGCAAACUGAUGGCUGUCUGUCAGCUUUCGGAGUUUGGCUGACACUGGCAUUACCAUUGAGCAACAAGAGCAGACUUCCUGGUUUUCCUUAGAUACAUUUAGGUGUUUCAGUCUUCACUGUAAAGGACAAAGGAUAGAAAGGUCAGCUGUUGCAAUGUACCUAUACCAGUUCUCAAUCUGCAAAUCAACGGAAUAUUUUGGACAUUGACUGUGUGGUGUUUUAUCUGAUGCUAAUUAUCAAAACUCAUUGCUCAGAGAUCAGCAGGAGUAGGCUCACAGAUGAUGACUUUUCACUGAUUUGCUCCUCUUUUCUAGGAUGGUAUGGGGUACCAUUGCAUUUUUAUUUUCUUCCAUAUAAUCUAGGUCGGUCAUAGUGAAGGUGAAAUGCCUGAUGAGGGAAUCUGGAUGAAAGCUAGUGCUAGUUUCAUUAACAGAUGAUAACUCGUGAAAUUGAUCUGAUGUGUCAUUUCUGACAUGUUUUUAAAAUCUCGCUAUUUCAGGAGAUUCUCCAGUUUAUUGCUGGUUUCCAUGUGAUCAGUACAUAACACAACUAGAAAUAAUUUUAUUUGAAUUUAAUAAACCUGAAGAUGACAGCUGCAAACAUUUGAGCAGUCUUAUACUGACCAGUUAAGCACAAUGAAUUGAUAUUGAGGCAGUCUCUUGUUUAAAGCAGAGAUGAACUUCAUCCUGAGUCCCGUGAGUAGUAUUAGACAGUGAACAAAUGCUGCCCACCCCAGCACUGACUCUCCACAAGUUAGUGCCUUCGAAACUUCAUGGUGUGCAAUUACAUUGGCAAGAUUUGCAGUGCCAGCAGCCAGCAUCACCUACCACUCCUACCAUCUCUUGUGGGAUGUGGCAACAUUUCCCUCCCUCCCAUUUCUGGGUCAGGCAGAACAUAGCAACUCCCUCACUGGAGUCCUGGACCCUCCCAUUCUGAGAUUAGUGACUCCCUCCCUGGAUCUCUCCCCCUGCCAUGACACAUCACUCCCUCCCAUGGAGCUCCACAAGUAACUGCUUAAUUCAGUUGGGAGUUUCUUUUGAGGUAUGUUUGAUAAGAUUAUUUUGUGUUUUUGGAAGGCAUUUCCCCACUAAAUUUGUGAAGCUACUGCUUGAACUGGCCUGGUGUGCUCACCCUUCCAAGUAGAGACUUAAGUUUUUCCUCAUCUGUUAUAUUGUUAUUUUUAGUUACUUUUCAUUCCUUUAAUGCAUUGUGAAAUUCUCUUGUAGAAGAUUGCAAAUUUACAAGAGCAUUAGGUUUUGUAAAUGUAUGUAAGAUUUCUGAUUUGAUUAACAUUGUAAUAACAAAGGUGCAAAUUGAAUUGGAAAACAGCAAAUGCUGAAAUUACUUUGGGUUUGAUGAAAGAUCAUCACCAACCUGAGAUAUUAACUCUAAUUCUGUUGACAGAUUUUCCUGCAGCAUCUUUAAGGCUCUUUCUGUAUUGUGUUCUGUAUCCAGCAUUUGCACUUCUUGCUGAAUAAAUUAGUGUCCUCCCACUGUAUGUUCUGACUUGAGGACCAAACACCACAUGUUAGGUACGGUAUUUGGAGGCCAGGGCAGGUAGAGUGUCUCCAUCAGUGAUCAACUUUGUCAAACCCUGAGCCAUGGUGUGCUGAUCACUUUAACCUAUUUGUGUUAUCAUUGUGAACAUGUUUACUUGGAGAAUUUGGGAACUUUUGCUAUCUAUUUUUAACCCUAUUCAUGUGUAGGGUUGGUUUUGUUGGUAUUCUGUAUUGACUGAUUGAAAUGUGGACCUUGUUUAUAAAGAGCUAGUAUAGACAAAAUGGGCUGAAUGGCCUUUUCUGUCCUGCAAAAUUCCAAAAUGACUGAACACCGCUCAGAGAUCACAAAAGGAAACAGACGGAGCUGUUUCAAGAUCCGCAAUAAUACUGAAUCUGAACAAUGUAAUGCUGCUCAGUAAAAGGAGGAACCCAAAUGCAACACUAAUUAGCAAUUGUCAGCGAAGCAACACCAAUGAUAGGCAAUUUAGAAAUUAAUGUGGACUUCAGUUUAUUAGAGGAAUAUAGACAAGUUUGUAACAUGUUAAUGAGUCUGGUCGAAUAUUUUAAUAGCACAAUUUAUGUAAUUUCCAUUGCUUAUUUGCUCAACUUUUGCUCAGUCUUUAGUUCUUGUCCCCUCUCUUCCCUUUUUGUUCCAAACCACAAGAGUUUCUUGUCUCGGUUUCACUGGCUCCUUCCUUCUUCAGCACCAACUCUAACCCCCACUGGCACUAAUCAAGGCAAUCUGCUGGAAUACGUUCACCAGUCUUUAUUUCAGAUUUGAUUAUCCGAGUGGUGAGACCACUUAGUCCGAUCACCUCAAUGUACUUGAGGACUAUUUUCUGUUCAGUGAUCCCUGUCUCACCAGAGCUUUUGUGGCCAAUUUUGAAAGUGCUAUUUAAAAACUCCAUCUGAUGCCUGUCAAAAAGCAGCCAAUCUGCCUUGAAGCAAAGCAGUUUAUUUUAUUGCAAAUUGCUGGAAUGGCUCAACAAGUGUGGCAGCAUCUUUGUGGAGGAAAGGCCAUGCUGUCAGACUUGCUGAGUUUUUCCCACAGUUUCUGAUUUGCAGCAUUUACAGUUCUUUCAGUUUUAAUGCAGUUUGUUCUGUCAUGAUCAAAGCUACAGCCAUUGCCUGCCGUCUUGAGCUGGUUUUUUUCUCAGUAUUUUAAAACAGUCAGUUUGAUGUCAUCAAAGUUGAUGAAAAUGUUGUCACCAGCGUGUAGAUCUGGCAGACACCUGUCAUAUACAAUUAGUGUGUGUCAAAGCUACAAAAAGUUUCCCAAAACCGAAUGAACAGCUAUGUCUUUUCUGGAUGUAGAGCGGAUGAAAUCUUCUGGCUGGGGCUUGUUUCCUGGUUACAGCUGAAAUUCUGUCUUUCCUGUAUAGCUGAAUUCUCUUCUCCAGACCUCUCAUGUUUAUGAAAUACUUUAAUGACUGUUGAAGCCCUUGUGUGCCCCGAUCCGUCACAUCUUUGACUGCUUGGGUGGAACACAGGACAGAACUGAGCAUCUAGAUUCAUGAUCACCAUCUGCUCAGUGCUGUCUGCAAUUGUCUGAAUGUCUUUUUCAGGACAUAUUGAGGGAAUUGGAUGUUGGCUCACAAGGCUCCGAUUAAAGAUAUGGUCCCAAUUAUACUGAGGCUUCUUGUGGCUAAUUGUUCAGUUGUACCAUGUUUGAAGUUUCAACUUUACUCUGAAGCCUCUGUCAAUUACAUGCAUUCUGGUAGCAUGUUUUGUGGUUUGCCUGCUGUGUAUUCCUCCUCAUUCUGUCUCAUGAAGCUAUCUGUACAAGUUUCUACUUACUGGCUGACCCUAUGUGAAAACAUUGGGGUGACUGGAAAUGGCAAGCCUCCUUCAGAAAUGGGAGACAGUUUCAAAUAAGGAGCUAAGUGAUUGCCAGGAAUCUGCUGUCACUUAUCUCCAUGACUGAAAUACAAAUCACCAGCUGUUCUGUCAGGAAGUUGAAUGGCAGUCUAUGCUGGGAAUUGUAUACAGAAUGUAACAAAUUCAGUAGUUUACCACAAGAAGUUCCUGGCAACAGGUUGUGCUUUUCUUAUGGGCUGUGUCUCAACACUUUGCGUUUAAUUGAUGGUUAUAAAGUAGCUUUUGAUUUUUUGUGGGACAAUCCAUAAACCAUUUUUUCAUGUAAAAGUAUUGAGUUUCAGUGUUAAUUUGCUGUUGUCAUAAAUCUAAUGAUUAAGUUAAAGGCAAAAUGUUUGUUUUUAAUGCUUGUUCAUAACCUUGCCUGUAGUUUAGCAUUCAGUUCCAUAAUUUAACGAAUGUAUAUUUCUGGAUUCAGUCUGAGAUUAAACUGUGUGGACAAAGUUUGUAUUGAAUCCAGAAUAUGGGUUGUUAGAUAUUUGUCUAUCAUUUGUAGUGGAGUGAAAAUGUUUGUACAAAACUUUGUAAAGAGCUAAAUGGGACUUGAUGGCUUAGAUUAAAUAUUGCUCCAACAGCUGAGUCAGUCAUGUGCAGGAGCUUGGAGUGAGACAGAUUUAUCCUGAGCAGUUUGCUCAUUGAUCAACAGGUUGAUUCCCAAGUAUUUGGGCUGUAACACUGUGUUUAGCUAUCUAGGAAGCAAAACACUUCUUCUUUCAAGAUCUCUUCACCAUUUCCAGGUCUACUUUUCCAUGCACAAUUGACAUAGCUUUAAAAAUGAAAUUGACCAAGUGACUACUUAAUACAAAUAGUUUGUGUCUCAAAUUCUACAUACAAUAUAGUGUAUUCGAGUUUCCCUCAGAAAGUUGGAAGGCUCAUUUCCUUCAUGUUGACCGAGAAUGGUUCUCUCCAAAUUAUUUUGAAGUGUAAUGGUUCAUUAACUUCAAAAUAGUGUUGAUAUAUUUCAUCGUAUCUGUAAUUGAGGGGACAGAUGAUCUGUUUGGACAUCUACCUUCUUUGUUGAAGGUGGUUCUGUGGAGUUGAGAACCGAACAGGACUUUGUUUUUCAGCAUCACUGAAAAUGUGAACCAAGUGUUAUGAUUAACAGUUGUUUAUAUGUAUACCAUUCUCAGUUAUAUGGAGAAUGAAAUGAACAAUUGUAGUACUUCCGAAACAUUUCUCAGCUGCUGUUUAAGGACAAUCUGAGUUGCCGAAUUUCAUAGUGAUUCAUCUCUCUGUACAAGACUGUUAAACUUUUACUAAUUUUAUUUUCUUGAUUUGUAAGACUGAACGGAUGUAUAUUUUAAAGAAAAUAAAGUAUUUUAAAGUUA